AAGUAAAAGGAAGACCAAAAAAAAAAAAAAAAAAAAGCUUUUACAGUGUCCAGUUCAGCAGCCCAGUCCAGUAGUGCUUAAAUAAGAAGUGGGAAAUAAACCAAAAUCAUUUCCGCUCUGAAAAUAUAUGCUGUAGGGUUUUACUCGGGGUUUAUUCAAAGAUGGCGGUUGCUAGCGCUCAUAGGAUAAGAGGAGGGUCUCUGACGGCGGCCACCGCCGCUCUCUCCGUCACGGAAUCAAAACUGAAGGUCAAGGCUUGCUCUCCGGAGGUGUGCAAAUUUCUCGGCAUCCCUGACCCAUCUGACCGAUCUCGAUCUCCCACUGCUCUCCUGGUCUCCAAGUUUAUCAGACUCCACAGCAAUCGGAGUCCUGGAAUCAAGGACCGGAAUUGGGAGCAGAACUUGAAGAUACUACUGCACGGCAAAGACAGAGUUGGGUUGCCGGAGGUCACCAGGUUGCUCUCGCCGGAAUUUACCUAUUCCACAAUCAAAAGCAGCAGGGAUGCAACAGCCACAUAUGGGCAGAUCGAGGACAACAAAUCCAAGAAAAUAGCAGGGAAGGCCAUCAAGAAGUGAAGGAGCAUGAUAUGAAUCUAACAUAUCUGGAUUUUUAAGAGUCUUUGCAUGAAUAAUUGUUCUACUUCGAAUGUGUUAUUGUUAAAUACUUUGAUGUUCUUAUUUCGAGCCAUGGCUUUGUUUCAUGGUGCUGAUAUUGCUGAAUUGAUUGCUUGCUGGACAUGAAACGAAGCAAUCUUAUAUAUUUCUGUUUUUCUC